CUGCCCCAGUAAUUCGGACAUUUAAACUCUGUAUAACUGGACUGCGCUGCAUCGUAUUGCCACCCACCUGCCAACGUCACAACUGCCGUGUAAGGCUGCAUUGCGAGACACUCCUCUUCUCAGCUCCGUGUUUGGCUACGCAAACCGAUUCGCUGGGCUGGUGCGAGUAGGCCGUUGGAAUACGUGAUUUUAGGCUUUCUGUAAUACGUGAGCAAGGCUUACACUGCCUGCUUCUGGAUGCGAAGACGAGGAGAAAGCUUCCGUAGAAACUAUAUAAAGGGCGUGCUGGUUCCUUCGUGACAGUCUUGUAGUUGUUCAUCAUCCUCACAAUAUUCUAUAUUCACUCACUCCAAUACAAAAACAUCACAACACUUACCUCACAAUGAAGACCUUUACCGUUACUGUUCUGGCUCUGGCUGCCGCUGCCGUUGCUACACCCACCACCCCAAUCCCCAAGUGCAAGCCUGGUACCUACCGCUGCCAGGAUAACAGCCAAACCCACGGCCCCGGAUGGGGUGUCUGUGAUGUUUCUGGAAACUGGGUUUAUGGCGGCGACUGCCCUCCCCAGACCGUUUGCCUCUUCAACCAUGUCAACGGCAGCCCGUACUGUGUUCCUCCUGGCUUCCACUUUUAAAGCCCAACUUCUCCCCGCACAUACUAGAAUAGCUUGGAUAUAGUGUGUGGGAAUCGAUACCAGGCGACUUUUGUAUUCACGACUGAUUAGAUUUAGAGCUUCUUUUUACAUUUUUUCAUUACAUUCCUUUACUUUUUAUAUAGUAAAACAAUAUGGCCGGUCAAAUAAGUCGUCCCAGCAUCGUUGCGUUUUAGUGUUUGGCGUCGUCCACAGGCGUUUCAAUAAUUCACAUGCUAUCAGGGGCGACGCAGUUCCCAAGGCUCUGCUUAGCCACACCAGCUCGGACAAUACGAAACUUCUUGAACCGUCUGCGUCGGUUUCGCUCACGAGACCAGCCAUAAUGAGCGGCCACAGGACCAUCUUGCGGGGAUGCUCUUCCGAGCCCGAGGCAAGCUCUUUCAAGUUCCCAAGCAGUGACCGGCGACAUGACUCCUUAAUGAAUGAGAGCUGUUCCUCCUGGGGGUCACUUGAGACGCUUGUCGAAUCGGUAUACGUCGUAUUGCAGAGAGAUGACAGGCAGUACAUUGCCACAGCAGCUUGGUAGACAAAGCCAAUCUGAAGCCAAUGCUGGUGACCCUGUGGCAGUCGGUACGAGGAUGCUUCCUCUUCCAUGCCGGCCUCGGUUAUAAUGCGGUUCUGCGCCUUUUCGACAUCUUCAAUCCAAGAUUCUACAGAAAAGCUUCGGAUUCUGUUUAAUAUGGUUUUGAGAGCGAUAAAAGCCUCUUCUUUGGAAGGCUCCGUCAGGCUGUUGACGGCUCGCCGAUGUGUGAUAAGAAUGGUUUCUUGCAGAAGCGGCGCUGGACAGGGAAUAGAGGUUGUGAUUGCUUCGCCGAAUAGUCCGGGGAGGAGAUCCACGAUAUCCAGUAGUUGUUCGGCCUUGUGGAGGGAUACGUUGGGUGAUGUAGAUGCACCAAGUAUUUCCGUCCUAUCGA